UAAAUGUAAUUAAGCAAUUUUUUAGGGUCUAUUCAAAAUGGGCCUGUGGCCCAUAAAUUAUAAAACCUUCCUAUUAUACGAAGCUUCGAUUUUUGACGGAAAAAUACCAGCAUAAAAAUGGCGGAAAGAAAUAAAGAAUGCGAAUAACUGAAUUAACGGCCAUUCUCUCAGAUUCAACACGAAACUCCCCUGGUUAUCGAUUGAGUAAAAAUGGCUAAAGUAUUACCCAGUUUUCAGCUCCACAUAGAACCCACUAUUUCACAAUAUCAGACUUUCGCAGCAAAAACCCAAACUUCAAAAAAAUCCCCAAAAAGUGAACCCAGAAUCCAAAAUCAGAAUUCGAGGUCAAGAAGAAAAUCCGUAAAUCUAAGAGAGAUGAGAAGUUACGAAAGUUCAGUUUCAUCCACUAGAAAACUGCUCUCUCUUGUAAAUUCGGGUUCUUUGGAUAAUGCACUCCAGAUGUUCGAGACAAUGAUUAAAUCAAGCACUUUCGUUUGGAAUGUGAUUAUCAGGGGUCUAGUUGAUUCCGGGUUGUUCGAGAAAGCCAUUGAAUUUUACCGCAGGAUGCAAUUCGAAGGUACCAAACCCGAUAAAUUCACUUUUCCUUUCGUCAUCAAAGCUUGCGCAGGGUUUUUUUGCCUGAACGCGGGACGGAAUGUUCACUCCAUCAUUAUUAAGCUUGGGCUUAAUUUAGAUAUUUAUAUCUGUAACGCACUUAUAAUUAUGUAUGCUAAAGUCGGGUGUAUUGAAGAUUCGGAGAAAAUUUUCGAGCAUAUGCUAAUAAGGGAUAUCGUUUCUUGGAAUUCGAUGAUCAGUGGGUAUAUUUCGUCUGGGAAUGGUUGGGAAUCGUUAAUGUGUUUUCGUAGAAUGCAGACACUUGGAGUGGAAAUUGACAGGUUCAGUUAUAUCAGUGCUUUUAAUGCUUGUGCUCUCGAAGGCUGUUUGUUACACGGAAAGGAGAUUUUUUCCCACGUGCUGAAAAACGGGGUCGAAUUAGACUCGAUGAUUCAAAGCUCGAUCAUUGACAUGUUUGGAAAAUGCGGUGAGGUGGAUUAUGCCGAGAGAUUCUGUAAUGGAAUUUCGCACAAGAACGUUGUUGUUUGGAAUGCAAUGAUUGGUGCUUAUGCACUGAACGAGAAAUCCAUCGAAUCAUUUUCUUGUCUCGAGAAAAUGCAAGAUGUUGAUAAUUUGGUACCGGAUGCUGUCACGUUGAUUAACUUGCUACCCUCGUGCUCGAAACUUGGAGCUUUAUUACAAGGCAAAGCACUUCAUGGGUAUGCAAUAAGAAAGGGAUAUUUGUUGUCUCAUUUAGUGUUGGAGACUGCUCUAAUCGACAUGUACGGUAAAUGUGGUUCUUUAGCUUUCGGCGAACGUAUUUUUUUCCACAUGAAGAAACGGAACCUGGUCUCGUGGAAUGCAAUGAUUGCUGCUUACGUCCAAAAUUCAAUGGACAAAGAAGCCAUCGAAACGUUUCAGAAAUUGCAAUACGAGACAUAUUAUGUACCUGAUGAGAUGACAUUUGCGAGCAUAUUAUCCGCUUAUGCUGGAAUAGCGUUACCGAAAGAAGGGAAACAGAUACACUGCCAUAUAUUUAAAUCGGGAUUUUCUUCAGGUACGUUUAUAUCGAACGCAAUGAUUAAUAUGUACGCGAAAUGCGGUGAUCUUGAUUCUGCACAACGAAUUUUCGAUAAUAUGUUGUGUGAGGGCAAGGAUGUAAUUUCGUGGAACACGAUCAUUAUGGCUUACGCUAUUCACGGAUUUGGAGAAUAUUGCUUCGGGCUAUUUUCCGACAUGAAAAACGAGGGUUACGAACCGAACGAAAGCACGUUCGUUUCUAUUUUAUCAGCUUGCAGCAUUGCUGGCAUUUUCGAACAAGGUUGGAAUUAUUUCGAUUUAAUGAAGAAUUAUUAUGGACUCGAUCCUGGAAUCGAGCAUUAUGGAUGCAUGCUCGAUUUAUUGGGACGUUUUGGUGAUUUUGAAAAGGCUAAAACCUUUAUAGAGGAAAUGCCUUUGGCUCCAACUCAUCGGAUAUGGGGAUCUUUACUCUCUGCGAGUAGGCAUCACAAAAACAUCGAAAUGGCUGAGGUGGCGGCUGAGGGUAUAUUCUCUUUAAAUAACGAUAAUGCCGGAUGCUAUGUUUUGUUGUCGAACAUGUAUGCUGAAGUUGGGAGAUGGGAAGAUGUUGAACGGGUUAGAUUGUUGAUGAAGAAACGAGGAUUGGUGAGAAUUAAAGAGUGCAGCAUAAUCGAGUGUCAUGGCAAAACUCACAAGUUCAGAAAUUACGAGAAAUCGGAAAAUGGGAUUAAAUUUGUGUAUGAUGUUCUUGGUGUUGUUUCGAGAAGCAUAGGAGAAAACUUGUAUUUGUGCGGUGACACGAAAUUCAAGGUGUCGAGUUUAUUAAAAACGAGAGCAAAUUCUCCGAUGUGGCACAGUGUGAGGUUGGCUAUUUGUUUUGGAUUGAUCAGGACUUCGAUUGGGGAGCCUUUGAUUAUUCGAAAAAACGUGAGAAUAUGCGAAGAUUGCCAUUCUGCUGCUAAAAAGAUCUCGUUGGUUACUGGUAGAGAGAUUUUUAUUGGGGAUCCGCAAAUGUAUCACCGUUUCAAAGAUGGUCGUUGUUCUUGUGGAGAUUACUGGUGAUUCUAUGAAUUAACCAAUAAAUAAAAAAAAAAAAAAAAGAAAAAAAAAAAGAAUGUCUGUUGGUUAUACAAAUGAUAUUUGACUAUUGAAGGUAUGUAAUUGCA